GCCAGCGUCUUAGCUAACGCUUGUGUGGGCGACCUUGUCAGCGUCCAGAGCAAGCGUCUUAGCUAACGCUUGUGUGGGCGUCCUUGUCAGCGUCCAGAACGUUUGCAGGACGCUGCGCCAGCGUCGUACUGUGAACCAGGCUUAACAGUAGUAAAGACGAAUAUUGUCAAAGAUUACGUACAACUUGUAGAGUGAAAGCAAAUACAAAGUGAGCAGGAGCUUAGAAAUGGGACACUCAAUUUGCGCAUUAGUUUAUCUUACAAAACAGUAAAACCGCAGCGGCGGCUGUUGUGGGUGUCAAUUGACAACAGUUACUGUGAGUGGUGUGAGCAAAAGGUGGAUUGACGGAGCAUUGUUGUCUGGUGAAGUGUUUGUUCCAGAUAGUUUCACGAAAUUUACGUGACACUCUAAUCUGAUCAAUCCGCGCUAAACAUGAGAAAUAGAAUAGAACAAAGCAUACAGUCUAGCUAUAUGAGACUGUAGCUAAAACGCUUGAGACAUAUGUAGACAAGAAAGUUAUAGUCAUGUAUAUGUCACUCAAUUGCUUCUUGAAAUUGGACAAUAUUUCUAGCCACACUGUUAGUUUCCGGAAACGUAGGGACGUUUCCUCGCUUGCGUUAUAGUUAGGCAGAGUUUUCUUUGCACGUUUUUGCUUUUUGUUUCUCGAUAGCAGCAGAAGGUUAUCUGGCGGCGAAUUGUAAUGCACAAUAUCGAGACAUGCAAAAAGAGAACAAAACGAGAGCACAGACUUGCGUAGGUCACGUGAUGAUACGUCACCUUGCUGUUAAUUGACUGACAAAUAAAAAGCCACUCGCUAUCUAAAUAAAGGCGGGGUAAGAGGGCGUCGUCUAGCCUGACAACAAUGUGUUGCUGUUGGAGGAGGAGACAAGAGAGGCUGCACACGGUUGCACUGUAAAAGGCAGAACACAUAUUACCUUUUUAUUUCUCAUCAUCUGUUGCUCACAGCUGUUGCUCGACGAUGAGGAAGCUUUAUAUCCUUUGCUUUGCUACCAUUUUUCUUUGUCAGGAUUGUGGCGGUCAAAACCUCUUCCACGGAUGGGAUUUUGCUUCUAAUUGGCAAAAAGUGGAAGCCUCUGUGUCGGGUCAAUACGCCACGUGUAAACAAAAAGAGAAUACAUAUGCAGAGCAUGACUAUUGCGAUUGUGAUUCAAUAUCUUCGCUCAUCAGCAUUGAUCCAACAAAGAAAUAUGAAUUUUCCAUUUACAUCCAUUCAUCGGAAACACAUAUGAGGAACUACUUUGGCUUCUAUGUUUAUGACAGCAACAGAGACAAAAUAGAGGGUAGAUGGAAUAGGCCAUACAUCGUAAACUCUUACGAUCAUUAUCAUCAGUGGCAAGAAUGGAAAGCAUAUAUUUUUUCUCGUGACACUCCAGACACUGACAAUGAUGGUCAAUCUAAUCCUCAAAACCACAUGACUAAUGGAAAAGACUGGAUAUGGCCAACUAAUGCUAGUUAUGUUGCAUUACGAUUUGGAUCGUGCUAUUACGGCACUGGACGUCUUGCACUAAAUCGAAAACGCAGACAUGAUAUAGAAAACGCAGGAGUGACUAUUUUUUGGUGUCCCGCUCUUCGAGCACUAGAACAGCCAUUGUCAAUUCUGUUUCCUGAUCCCCGUCAUCCGAAUAUGAGGAUGUUCAAGACAAUAUUCUGGAGACUGGUCAAGUAUGCCCGAGUACAGUGGAAUGGCAUUUGUAAACGGUAAACACACUCGUAUAACAAGAGUAAAAGAGCACUACGGAUCUUGUUACUAUCCGUGGGGUGUUACACGUCAAUUUCCGAUUGAUCCCAACAGCACAUAUGAAUUCAGUGUCUGGUUGCUGAGUACAGGCAAAGAUCUACAGAACUUUCUUGGAUUUCAAGUCUAUGACGUGGCAUUCAAUACCCUUUAUGUCGAAGGUCUAGACAAACCAUACUUCAAAAGAACCAAAAAUGAUACAGAAACGUGGACACGAUGGAAUGGAUUUGUACUUCCAGCCACAACUGAUCCUAACGACAUUCCCAAAUAUUACAGCAACGGAGUAAGCUGGCGAUGGCCAUCGAAUUCUAAGUAUGCCCAGCUGAGGUUCGGCACUUGCUAUGGCGAUGGAGACAACGCAGGAAAGACUUACUUUGCUUACCCUCAGGUCGUAGACUUUGAUCUACAGCCAUAGACAAGAACAGUCAGACGUUCAUCAUGUUCUUCGGUCUUUCCCUCGAGUAGCAGUAAUCCUUUUCGUUCGUGUUUGUAGUCUGUGCCAUGAUGGAACAGUAAAUGCUAGUACGAUUAGCGUUUGUAGAACAUGCCAUGACUUUGGUAUUGUUAUCAGUGUCUUUGCAACAGCACAAGUAGCACUGCACAUGUACCUGUAGCUUUUACGCUAUCAAAUCAAAAACUAAAUCUUA